GGCUAAGACUGCCUCAUGUGUUGGGAUUCCUCUGUGUUCUGGUCCCCACUGACCACCAUCCUCUCAGCAUCAGUGGGAUGUCCCAGGUGUGUCGCCUCCUGGCCUUGCUCCUGCUCUCCAGCUGCACAAAGGUCUCCUCUGCUAACUCCCUGGAGCUUGUGAAGGAGCAGUGGAGCAGCUACAAGGACCAGUGCCUGGACUUCAUCAAUGCCACGCCCCCUGCCAUAGGACUGGUGUGCAACAGAACAUUUGACUUGUAUGCCUGCUGGCCUGAUGGACUCCCAGGCACCARUGUCAAUGUCAGCUGUCCGUGGUUCCUGCCAUGGUAUGACAAAGUUCAGCAGGGUCUUGUCUACAGAGUCUGCGGUGAAGACGGUAAAUGGGCACAAAAGAAUACCAGCGAAUGUGACGAUGAUCCCCGUGAGGAAGCUGCACUGCAUGAGGAACAACAUCCACAUGAAUCUGUUUGCUUCCUUCAUUCUGAGAGCAGUGUCCAUCCUGGUCAAAGAUGCACUCCUCACCCUCACAUUGGAUCCAAGGAGCAGCAGUGAUGCUCAGACACAAGCCUGGGUCAACAUCCCUGCUGUGAUUUGGUGCCGUGGUGCCGUGGUGAUGAUGCAGUACAGCGUGAUGGCCAACAACUACUGGCUGCUGGUGGAAGGCAUCUACCUGCAUAGCCUCCUGGUCAUCACUGUUUUCAGCGAGAAGAAAUAUUUCUACAUUUACCUGGCCAUCGGAUGGGAUUAACUUCUUCAUUUUCAUCAGGAUAAUUAAAAUCCUUAUGUCUAAGCUCCGAGCUCAUCAGAUGAGAUACACCGACUACAAAUUCAGACUGGCAAAGUCCACGUUGACUCUCAUCCCCCUACUCGGUAUUCACGCCAUCCUUUUCACCUUCGUCAUUGAUGAGUCUGUCCCUAAAGGCUCCAUGCUUCGUCUUAUCCGCCUCUUCUGUGACCUCCUUUUCAACUCCUUCCAGGGCCUACUGGUUGCUAUCUUGUACUGCUUUGUCAACAAAGAGGUGCAGUCAGAGAUGCUGAAAAAGUGGAAGCGGUGGAAGCUGGGGAAGGACAUAGARGAGGAGUACCGCCAAACCCACAGCCACAUGCCCCACAUUAAGAGUGGCAGCAUUGCCACUGCCAAUCUGCCUGAUCUCCAUGACACCAGCGACCCAAGCAGUGACUCACCUUGCCUCAACAAACCUGUCUGCAGCCCAUCCUGCUCUCCUGCACCCAAAGAGAGCCGCAGACUGGUAGUCUUAUACAGUAAUGGAACUGAGAAAGGCAGACCUACCAGGAACAGACACACCCUGCAGUUCUCUUUACAGCCUCAAAGAGGCAACAGCAGCACUGCAACAGAGGAUAUCUGUUUGGAGGAACGGGUCCAGUACCACUCAUAUGUGCAGGAAGGAGAGGAAACCAUCAUCUGAAUGGCAUCUUCAUCCCAAGGCUCGUCAGUGAUUUAGGAUCAGCUUUAGCCACACGUUAACAUAACAGCCAACUUCAGAAAACUGUGUUGACAAAAACACAACAUUCACAGUUUCAAACUGCACAUGUAAAAAAGGUUAUUUAUUUAUUUGUUUGUCUUAAAACUUUGGGAAUUAUUUUAUGAAUAUUGGAAAAAGCUUACUUGGUUUCCAAAGAAACCAUGUCGGAUCUGUGUAUCAUAAAAAGGAUUAACAAAUUCAACGCCAAACCUGUUCUGCUAUCUCGUGAAUUGCUUGAGUUGUGUGUCCAUGUGCAGCAGUGGGUGCUUAUUCAUGGUACUCAGUGGUUUUAUGAGACUGAAUUGCAGCAUGUAUGUCUCAUCAUCUUUUGUUUUUGAAGCUUARGGGAACAUCAGGACUAACAUCAUCUCCAGACAAAUAAAUUGUCCCACAUAAUGUUGAGAAAAAAUGUUGACCCCUCUUCAACAACCACAAUAAAGUCUACAAAAACACCAGCUUAUUGUGCUUAAAUAAAUGUGAUUUAAAAUAACCAUUGCCAAAAAAUGUAAAUGUUAAUAUAUGACAGAUUUUACAUGAUUUCUGUUUUCUAUUAAAUCAAUUUCUUCAAGGCUUGCCUAUCAUUUUUCUACWAAAGUCAUGCUUCUAUCUAUUUUUUAAAAUUCUUUUAAAAUGUGAAUGAUGGUAAACAAGUAAAAUAAAAUGUGUGUUAUGAUAUAGUGGUCAAUAAUUUAUAAAAUAUAAACUGUACUUGUACUUUAUUCCAAAUGUUGAAUGUAUGCUUUACUUUUCCAUAUUCCAAAUUAUAAUUACAUAAAAAA